AUGAAGUUCUCUUCUCUCUUCGUUGCUGCCUCUGCCAUCAUCGGUGCUCUCGCCGUCCCCGCCACUAACGCGACUGAGGGCCUCAGCCUUCUCGAAGCUCGCGCUGGCACCCCCAGCUCCGAGGGUCGCCAUGACGGCUACUUCUACUCGUGGUGGACCGACAACCAAGGCACCGCCUACUACACCAACGAGGCCGGCGGUCGCUACAGCCUCCAAUGGUCAGGUAACGGCAACUUGGUCGGUGGCAAGGGAUGGAACCCUGGUACCAACAACAGGGUCAUCAACUACUCCGGUACUUACCAGCCCAACGGCAACAGCUACCUCGCCGUCUACGGCUGGACUCGCAACCAGCUCAUCGAGUACUACGUCGUCGAGUCCUACGGCACCUACAACCCCGCCUCCGCCGCCCAACGCAAGGGUCAAGUCAACUGCAACGGUGCCACCUACGACGUCCUCCAGACCUGGCGCUACAACCAGCCCUCCAUCGACGGUACCGCCACCUUCCAGCAGUUCUGGAGCGUCAGGACUCCCAAGAAGAACCCCGGUGGUCAGAUUAGUGGAACUGUUGACUUCGCUUGCCACGCGAACGCCUGGAGGAACUUCGGCAUGCAGUUGGGUUCCAACCACUACUACCAGAUCGUCGCCACCGAGGGUUACUUCAGCAGCGGCCGCGCUACCAUCACCGUCUCCUAA